CUCCUUCCAUAAAUACAAAAUAUAAAAAACACUCCCUCCUCAAGUCUCCCUAUAAAAAUACAAGAAAGACCCAUUCACCCACAACACCCCCUACCUUGAACCUUCAACAACCACCUCCACCAUCACUCCAAUGGCAUCUUCUCAAAACUUCAUCUUCAUCCUCUCACUUCUCUUUCUCCCCUCACUAUCCAUGCCCUCCUGCAACACCUUCUCCUUGUCCUCAAACCGCCUUUUCGACUUUUGCAGAGACCUGCCAAGUCUCUCCUCCUCCCUUCACUGGACCUACAACGCUGCCAACUCCACCCUUUCCAUAGCCUUCACCGCCACUCCAGCCUCCCCCAAUGGCUGGAUAUCAUGGGGAAUUAAUCCUACCUCCACUGGCAUGAGAGGCACUCAAGCUUUGCUUGCUUUCCACCGCCCGGACGGUAGCCUCACCGUCGAAACCUUCAAUAUUGCUGCAUACUACCCGGUCUUACCGUUACCGAUAAUGUUUGAGACGUGGGGGCUUGAGGCUGAGUAUGUUGGCGGAGAAAUGCAGAUGUUUGCGACGGUGAAGCUGCUGCAAGGGAUGACAGAGCUCAACCAGGUCUGGCAGGUGGGAACUUCUGUCACCAGUGGUGUUCCUGAUAAACAUGAGUUUGGCCCUCAGAACCUCAAUUCUAUGGCUAAAUUAGAUGUGGUCACUGCAUUGGUUUCUGCAAAUGCUGACUCUACACUCAGUGAAAAAAAUAUACAUGGAGUACUAAAUGCUGUGAGUUGGGGAAUUCUACUUCCAAUUGGAGCUAUGAUUGCAAGGUUCUUGAAGGCAUUCAGGCCUAAAGAUACAUCCUGGUUUCACCUCCAUGUUUCAUGCCAACUCAUUGGUUAUGCUGUUGGAGUCACUGGCUGGGCCACCGGUCUCAGCCUCGGCAGCAAGUCUAAGAGGGUAGAGUACACAACUCACAGGAACCUCGGCAUCACUCUCUUCUCCCUUGCCACCUUGCAAGUGUUUGGAUUGUUUGUGAGACCAAGAAAGGAGCACAAAAUUAGAUCAUGUUGGAAUGUUUAUCAUCACGGUGUAGGUUAUGCAGUUAUUAUCAUGGGUAUCAUCAAUGUGUUUGAAGGCAUUUCAAUCCUGCAACCUGAUAAAAAAUGGGUACAUGUUUAUAUUAUUGUUAUAUGUGGCUUGGGUCUCAUUGCAUUGUUCUUGGAAAUCACAAGCUGGAUUGUGGCUGGGAGGAGGAUUUGAGAUGCUAUGUCGAUAGCGUCGCCCCCGGCCCGCCGGAGAUGGACAAGGACACCGUCAGUAACAUCAGUACUUUUAAGAUUGGACAAUGCUUAGUCUUGGGUUUUUUUUGCUUACAAGUUUAUUUUCUAUGAUUGAUUAACUUCUUGAUUGUAUACAUGAGUUUGCUAUUUGUAUAUAUAUUAUAAGG